AUGUUUGAUUACAUGUUGAUACAUCGCAAGCUUCUGCUUCUUUUAUUCAUAGUUCAACUUGGGAUAUGCCUGAACUUUGACAGAUCUGCUAUAUUUUCAGGUUCCCAAACAGUUGACGAUGGGAUCACGGUUGCUUCUGGAGUAGAGGCAGGUUUCGAAGCCUUUGAACUAGUGACUAUCAAUGGUGAUAUUAGCAUUGCCGAUAGUGGCCAACUUUGUGUAGGACAAUAUGGUGUCUCUGGAAAUUCAAUUGACAUUACUUCAGGGACAUUGAUAAACAAUGGUAACAUGUUUUUGAGUGACUGGACUGAUAAUACUGUUUCCCUCACUGGUGAGAAUUUUUACAAUUACGGGACUUUCGGUAUCAGUUCAUCUGCAACCCAUAUUACCUUUUUAUUUUCCACGAAUUUAGUCAAUGACGGCAACAUGUUUAUUUGGAACAAUGAUGCACAUACUGAAUUUGAAGGACCUGAAUCAGGCGCCAUUAAUAAUGGGGUAAUUACGUUUGACCUAUGUCCUCCACAGAUACCAUCGUUUCUUGGUUCAGGAUGCAUAAGACUUAAAUAUGCAGAUUAUAUGUCUAUUGAUGUCUCUUCUCCAUUCAAUCAAACUUUAAAUGUUAUCAAUCCAUUUACUCCCAAGCUAAAUUUUACUGGGUCACCGCUACCUAAUAACAAUAUUGUACUUCGAGGUUUUGAAACAGAUUAUCCCUGGCAGUUCAUUACGGAUUAUUAUCCAGAAGCGACAGAUGUAGAAUUGUUUAGUUAUACUUAUAACAAUAUAACAGGGAUACUAAAUUACAUGGCACCGGGCAGUACAUAUACCUUUGAUAUUGGAACUGGGUUCAACGAAAGUACAAUUGAUUUGGGAACACCAGGUAUGAUCCUGGUAGGACCACUUACUGUGAAACAAGAAGCUCCCACCAAUUGCCCAGCCAACCCUUAUGAUAAUACCAAUGGAAUUUUCCCUUGUGAUGAUUUUUUUCCAAUACCAUCAGCAACUACUAAAAUUGCGCCAUAUUAUCAAGAUAGUAUAACUGAGAUUAUUUCCUAUUAUUCUACAAUAGCAUCUGACAGGUUACCUACCACUGUGGCAAUUACCACAUAUUAUAUUCCAUCGAUUAAUGUUCCCCCUGUUUAUACAACUACGUUUCGCUACGCAGCUACGACAUUCACUGAAGUGAUUUCGUAUUACACAGCGCCUGGCACAUACAUGGGUUUAACAAAUCUUCCAUUUAUAAGAACAACGAGUAGUAAACUAACUGUUUUUCCAUCCCCAUACGCCACAACACUCACAACAGACAGUAUGACUGUCUCAGGAGUGGUUUCAUUUUACAUUAGUAGUGAUAUUUCCAAGUCAUUUACAGCGUCCACCACUUCAUUUUUCACUGAGACCAAAAAUGUUACUACCACCGUUACUGAAUAUCCUAUGGGGACAAUUUACCCAACAAGCUGGUUCUCCAAGCUUAUUAAUGGGACUUCAACAACUACUUAUUCUACGUCAAUAGAGACAUAUGUCGUAAAAACACAUUCCUGA